AUGCUCAACAUUUCUCUCCAGGGACAAGUCGGCAUCGUCACUGGUGCCGGUUCUGCUUAUGGAAUCGGACGGUCCAUGGUGAUAGCCGCUGCACAGGCUGGCGCGGUGGCAGUCCACGCGUGCGAUCUUAACCUUAGUUAUAUGGAUGAUCUCAAGAAGGAGGUGAAAGAGAUGGGAUACGACACUAUCAUCGAGGGCCACUUUCUUGAUGUCUCAAAUGAGAAGCAGACUGUAGCGCUCUUGAGAAAUGUUCUCAAGAUCCAUGGCCGUGUCGACUUCUUUUUCGCCAAUGCUGGGUAUGCCGUCUACCGGCCGCUACAAGAUUUGAGCGUGGACAACUUUAAUCGCGCUGUAGAUGUCAUGCAGCGCGGUUGCUUUCUGGCUCUCAAGUAUGGAUCCCAAGCCAUGAGCGUCACGUCGCCAGACAAGGCCGAGGCCAAGGGCAAUAUCAUCAUCACCUCAUCCUGCGCAGCCUUCGCAGGCGCUUACGCCGACACAGCCUACACGGCAGUGAAAAACGCGUGCAACGGACUAGUGGAGAGCGGUUCAGUCCAGCUGUCAGCGAGCAACAUUCGCGUCAACGGCAUAGCACCAGGAUGCACCAACUCCAGCAUCUUGACGAGCUCAACACUUUCCGAGAAAGGCGAUCAGUAUACUAUUUCAGCUACCAAGGAAGAGAUCGCGGCUACUCACGCCAAGUUCUUUGAGCGCGGUGGGCUGUACAAGCAGAAAGAGAAGUUCUAUAACCGUGCUGCGGAUCCAUCAGAGAUUGCGAACUUGGCGUGCUUCUUGGCCUCUGAUCUGGCGCUGGCGAUAAACGGGCAGAUUAUUCUUGCAGAUAGUGGAAAGACUACGGCUGCGACGGGAGAAGGUUUUACGGGACCUGUGAACCCAGUCCCAGCAUUGUCAAUGUCUUGA